AUGUCUGCCUGUUACCUGAUGCACGGGAGGGAACCUGGUUUACAUGUGAAGAAGUUAAAGAAAGGUGAAAAUGAAAAAGGGACAUCAAAAGGAUCUGUGAUCACACCAGUGUUGCAGAAGUCAGAUUCCCUAACUGGUGGUCCACUACAAAAGAAUGAUGGCAGCCAUUUCAGUGAAAAGGAUCAGCAUGAAAGCAGACCUGCAAAGAAAAUUUCUAAGAAAAAGAACAAGGUCAAAAAGCAAAUUACUUCUAUGGAUGAUCUUGUCGACUUCAUUCAGUCAUCUGAAGCAGCUUCAGAGCAUUGUGAGUUGCCUUACUCUAAGAAUUUCAUGUUGCUGAUUGAACAACUUGGCAUGGAUUGUAAAGAUUAUGCUGGCUUCUUGAAAAUCCAAGAUAUACGUGUUUCCUAUGAGAAAUUAAGGAAACUUAACAAAAAUCACUGUAAACUUCUUAUGGGAAAAAUGACAAAAAUGGAAAAAAUGGUUAGUGCACUACAAAACGAGCUACAAGAAACCAAAGACAUGAUAUCACGGUUAGAGCAUCAAAAAGUUGAAUGGGAACGUGAAUUCUGCAGUUUGAGAUGUACCUUAAAACAAGAAGAAGAAGAAGAAGAAGAAGAAGAAGAAGAAGAAGAAGAAAGAAGAAAUGCUGAUAUGUUAUAUGAAAAUAUUAGGGAAAAGUUAAGAAGAAAAGAAGACGAAUAUAAGAAAGAAGUUGAAACAAAACAACAAGUUGAACUCGCUCUUAGAACGCUAAACAUGGAAUUGAAGGCCACCAAAAAUCAGGUUGUAGAAGAGCGCAGUGACACUCAGUGGCAACUUUCUCCAGAUCAGAAGGCCAGAGUCUUACAAGAUGGAAGUCUAAACAAUCACCUUUACAAGCAAAAGGAGCUAGAAAUGGCUCAUAAGAAAACUAGUUCUAAGGUAGUUGUGAGACAACUUCAACAAGAACUGGCUGAUACUCUGAAGAAACAGUCUAUGUCACAUCUUCAUCUGGAAGAUGAAACACGGAAUCUCAAGAAGAAAUUAGGUCAAAUCAGAAGUCAGUUGCAAGAAGAACAGGAACGACAUGCAGAGGCCGUAAGAUAUGCUGAGGAGAUGAAAGAUCAUGUGCAAAAGCUACAGGUUAAAAAUGCCAUGCAAGAAGCAACCAUCAAACAUCAAGUGGCCCAGAUUCAAGAUCUUGAGAGCAACGUGAUAAAGACACGUUUGUUACAAGAAGCACAGAAACGACAUGCAGAGGCCGUAAGAUAUGCUGAGAAGAUUAAAGAUCAUAUGCUAAAGUAUAAUUUAAACCUCACAGAAAAUAACUUGUUUAUUUAUAAAGCAGAUAAGCAGUGUACUAUGAGAAAUGUAUUAGUUAUGCGAGUAUAUCAUAAUUUCUGUAAUACCCUCACUUGUUCAGAAAUUACACGAUACAGUUUUAAAAUUAUGCAAGAAGAAACCAUCAAACAUCAAGCGGCCCAAAUUCAAGGUCUUCAGAGCAACUUGCUAAAGGCAAGUUUGUUGCAAGAAGCAAAGGAUCGAGAGGCAGAGGCCAUAAGAUAUGCGGAGAAGACGCUAGAAGUGCAAAAUGCCAGACAGGAAGAAACCAUCAAACAUCAAGCGGCCCAAAUUCAAGAUCUUCAGAGCAACUUGUUAAAGACAAGUUUGGCUGAUGUCCUUACAACAGAACUGGAAACUACAUCUUCAAAAUGUCUACACCUGGAUGCAAAAAAUCAAGUUCUUCAACAAGAGUUAUUAUCAAUGAAAUCUUUCGAAGAAGAACGUGAAAAACUAGAGAGCAAUAACAAGAAGUUACAGCAAGAAGUAGUAAAAUUGAAACAAUUUAUGGAAAUGAAUAUGGUAGAACGCAGUCAAGUGGAACAGUAUAAACGGGAGAUUGAAGAAAGAGCACGACUGGACAUAGAAGAAAAAUUACACGAAGUCAACCUGUUUUUACAGGCACAAGCAGCAGCUCAAGAAGACUUGGACCAGUUAAGAGAAAAUGCUCAUGCUUCAACGAGAAGUCAAAUGGAACUUAGAAUUAGAGAUCUGGAAUCUCAGGUCUCUACAAUGAAGACUUCUCAAGAAGAUUCGACUAAAACAGAGUUGGAAACCUACAGGCAACUCUACCUAGAAGAAUUAAAAGUUAGAAAGUCCUUGAGAAAUAAGCUGAACAGGACUAAUGAGAGACUGUCAGAGAGCAAUACAAAACUUCUUGUGGAGAGACAGCAGCACCAAACUUUACUCAGGACCCUUACUAUGAGCCCAGGCCUGGAACCACCUUAUUGUGGACAUUUUGAAAAUAAUUUAGUGCUCAAUGGAAACUUUACUCCAGGAGGAAACUUAGUGAUUCCUACCUUGAACCCACGGCCGUCAUAUGACUACUGAGAGACUUCCUUGUGGAAGAUGCAGCGGGAGUUGGAAAGAAUAACCAGAGCACUAGAAGAAGCUGCUACCGAAUUUGAAUGAGGAUCCUGUAGAAAUCCUUUAGUAUCUACUGAUGAUUCAAUUCUAAAUCAAGAUCCAGUAUGGAAAGCGCCACGAGAAUAUGUACAGAUUUUGAACAAAAAUUAUACAAUUUGAAAAAUAAAUAGAAAAAAUUUACUGGAUGCUUACAAAACAUUUUCAUUGCUUCCCAAUUGAACACACUAUACGGCAAAAUCUUGAUUAAAGGAAAAAGUUUUUGUUUCA